CCGACACAAUCACCGGCAUGUGACUGAUUUUCGUUCUGCUCGGGUGUGCACGGAUUAAGGAAGGUUCCAGCUGUCAAAUCUGGAGGGAGUUAAUCGUGGCCAGUGGAAAUAGGAGUUGUUGCGCUAUUUCAUUGCGUAAAUUCUGCAGAACUAAGCCUGCUUUUCGUCUGUAGUUGUUGUUGGGCCGCAACUUGACAGUUCGUCGAGGCUUUCAACAUGGUGUUCGAGUCGAUCGUGGUUGAGUUAAUCAACCGUUAUUUGGGGGAUUUCGUGGAAAAUCUAGACCGAUCCCAGCUGAAACUCGGCAUAUGGGGAGGUGAUGUUGUUCUGAAAAACUUGGAUUUAAAGGAAAGUGCUUUGGAUGAACUUGACCUCCCUGUGAAGAUCCGUGCUGGACAUAUAGCAAACCUCACACUGAAGAUUCCGUGGAAGAAUCUGUACACUGAGCCUGUGGUUGCGUCUAUAGAUGGGCUGUACGCCCUGGGCUAUCCCCAAUAUCGGUGA